UGUACAAUAUGCAGAUUAAACUUCUCUCUUAGCUUCAUCAUCAUCAUCGAGUGGAGGAUUAUUUUCAUUUAUUCGGAAGGUAUAUAUGGAAGAAGAAAUAGAACUAGUAGAUCCUCAUGGCAUACCCAUCUCCAUUUCAACUCAGAGCAGAUGGACGCUAGUUAGAAAAUUGGCAUUAAUGUUGAUGGCCUUAGUUCCAUUUCUAGCAUUAUUAGCCAAAUUACAUUCAUACAAUGACUCAUGGAAGGGUCUUGAUUUCAGAUCUUUUGCAGAGGACUUGGAAGGAAAUUUCACAUGGCCUGCAGAUAAACUGCAGGACAAGCUUUUGGGGGGCCUUCUCUCGGACGGGCUCGAUGAAAAAUCGUGUAGAAGUCGGUACGCAUCGGCAUUAUACCACAGAGCCACCACACGAUUUCCGUCUUCUUAUCUCAUCUCCAAACUGCGAAGCUACGAAGCUCUGCACAGGAAAUGCGGGCCGGAUUCGGAAUCUUACCAACGAAGCCUGGAGUUGUUCCGGUCCAAAAACCACACCGAGGGUGGUUGUAAGUACAUUGUGUGGCUACCGCGUGCCGGCUUGGGAAACCGGAUGAUCACCUUGGCUUCUACUUUCCUUUAUGCUCUGCUUACGGAUAGAGUUCUCCUCGUUGAUCGCGAAGCUCACCUCCCCGAUCUCUUCUGUGAACCAUUCCCGGGCUCUUCUUGGAUAAUUCCAUCUCAACAUUCCUUUCCCAUCAAUGAUUUCAAGGGGUUCGAUCACAAGUCCCCGAAAAGUCUCGGGAAUAUGCUUAAGAAGAAAGCUUUUGGGAGUAAUUUGUCGCUGCCGCUGCCAUAUGUUUACGCGCAUCUAGUGAGUGACUACGGAGACGACGAUAAGCGUUUCUUCUGCGAUGAGGAACAAACCGCUCUCCGAAAAGUGAGUUGGUUGCUGGUUAGAUCCGACCUGUACUUCGCCCCAUCCCUUUUCUUGAUACCCUCUUUUCAGCAACAACUAGAGGACAUGUUCCCGGACAAGGAAGCAGUUUUCCACUUGUUGGGAAGGUAUCUCUUUCACCCAUCCAACCCCGUUUGGAGGGCUAUCACUAGGUAUUACAAUGCCUACUUAGCCGGGGCAGCCGAGAAGAUAGGCAUCCAGGUGAGGGUGCUGAAUUCUCGGCGUGCCCCGUUUAAGCAGGUGUUGAAGCAGGUUCUGGGUUGCGUGUUCCAGGAGAAUCUGUUACCGCAAAUCGACAGGACGAGGACGAGGAGUGACAAGUUCACAGGAGGAAAUGGCACACAACGACAUAAAGCGGUGUUGAUCACGUCUCUUGCUCCCGAUUACUAUGAGGCAGUGAGAGACAUGUACGAGAAGCACGGGAGCGUGACGGGGGAAGCGGUUGAAGUGUACCAGCCGAGCCACGAAGGGCGCCAACGUAUGAACAAUGGCAUUCAUGACAUGAAAGCGUGGGCGGAGAUAUAUCUCCUCAGCCUCACUGAUAAGUUGGUGACUACCUCCAAGUCGACGUUCGGGUACGUUGCCCAGAGUCUCGGGGACGUGAAGCCGUGGAUCCUUUACAAGCCGGAGGAGUACAAGGAGGGGGAUGAUCAGGCUUGCCGGCGGGGAGGGUCGAUGGAGCCCUGCUUCCAGGCGCCGCCGUGUCUGGAUUGCAAAACGGGUGGGUGGGUUGACACCAGUAAAAUGGUUCCUUAUGUGAAGCAUUGUGAGGAUAUGAAAUCCUACUGGGGCCUUAAACUUUUCGGCACGUAACCAAUGCACUUUUAUUACGGUUUUGUACUCUGUAAUUAAUAUACUUUACAAUAUGCUUGUUUAGAUGGAGUUCAAUAGGGGCCUUUAUAAGAAUUGAAUUUGCUGAGGAAUCCUAUUUCUGAAUGUUACUCAAUUGUCCUUGGCCUAGAAUUAGAUUAUAAGCAUUUGAUAAUUGUAAUAAUAGGCUUUUAAAAUGACAUGAAUGAUUAAUGAUGAGACUUAUAAUGUACU